AUGCAAUUUCCCCUUCUGAUGCAGAUCGGUUUAGUUUGCUUACAAAUUUUCAAUUGCGUCGAAUCGUUUCCCGUAUCUUCUCAAACACACUCACUUAGUUUUGACACCAUAAGAAGAGUAUUUAAUGGAAUUGAUUCCCUUCUGAGUGAAAUUGGGAAAAACGUAACAAUUUUGGAAAACCAAUUAGCCAAGAGUAUCACCUUUGAUUCAACUACUUUACCCGAGAAGGAGAUAAGUAGCGAAACCAAUUUCAAUGAGUUGCAAGAAGCUCUUUGCGAAUUCCAAGUUGUUCUUGACAAUUGUAUACGUUUUCUCCCGCACGAAUAUCAGAGGGUGAACAAUAGUAAGGCACAUAUUUCUCGUGUGGUGGCCGGUUUAGAAUCUAUGGAUGCUAUUUAUUACAGGACGCAUAAGAUGGUUGCCAACUACAUCGCGUUUCAAACUACGAGACUUGAUGAAUUGAGCAAAGUUAUGUGGAAAUGCUCCGUUGAAAAUUCUAACACGAAAAAUGGUUGCAAUAACAUGGCUUUGAAACAGGUACAAUUGCUUGAAAACGUUGAAUUGACUAUGAAGUUAACUAACUCGUACCUUGAUAUUAUUAAGGACUCCAAAUUUUUGACUGAAAUCAAGAGUCAACAACCUCAAAACGAUAAUUUUCAUGAUCCUACCGACAUUAUAAGAUUACUCGAAGAAGAGUCGUUGGAAGAUUUAUCUUGUGUGACUUUAAUAUUUAAAUUGUUAUUACUUUUCGGCGCUACUAGUUUUGCAACGCCCUUGAUUUGUUUCUGGACUGGGUACUUGAAAAAUGGAAGCAGAAUAUGUGAGAAAUGGGCAGUAAAUAUCACAUUCAAGGAGUUUUACAUCAUCAUGGAACUAGUAAGAAGAAUAAAGGCAUGA